AUGAAAAUAACAGGCUUCUAGAUCUUAUUUUCUCCAACAUGAAUUGCGAUAUCCUAGAUGACUCUUUUUCUUUGGUUGAUGCGGAUUCUCACCAUCCACCGAUUCAUUUUAGUGUUGGGGAUCUUGAUGUGCGUCGUCGAAAUCAUAGAAUUAAUUGUGAUGAACUAAAUGAAUUCAAUUUCAGAAAAGCUGAUUUCGUGGCGAUGUAUGGCAUGAUUCUUGGGGCUCAAUGGUCGGAUCUCUUAUUGACUGAUGAGCCGGAGAAGGCUUGUGAAAUCUUAUAUGCAAUACUUUAUGAUAUUUUUGAUAAAACUGUUCCUCGUAAAUCUCGAAGGAGGAGAAACUUUCCUGUUUGGUAUGAUGCUGAGGUUGUCGAUCUUGUGUUCAAGAAAGAAAGAGUGUGGAAAAAAUAUAAAAGAACUAAAAAUAUUUCACUGUUAUUUGAGUAUAAACAGUUAAGAAAAUUGUUGAAAUCAAAGAUCUCUAUUGCGCACGCUAAUUACGUUCAAUCAUCAGAGCAAAAUAUUAUUUUGGAUCCAGCUCAGUUCUGGGCAUUCGUUAAUAACAGAAGGGGAAGUUCACGAAUUCCUGACGAGAUAAGGGACGCUCAAGGUAACAUAAAGUGUGGACAACGUGAUGUUGCAGACUCGUUUGCCACAUAUUUCGAAGGUAUUUAUCAGGUUCCACAAUGCGUGCGCACAGAUGACGGGGACGUGGGCGUUGACUCGGAUAUUGUUCAUGUUAGUUCAGUUUGUGUUGAUGAUUUGAUACUAGCUGCUAGGAAAUUAAAAAACAAGAAUACGGCUGGACCGGAUGGCAUACCUAGUAAACUUUUCGAGAUAAUUUUAUAUAAAAAUAUAUUCCCAAGUAUAAAGAACAGGAUACGUUCUGAGCAACACGGAUUUAUGCCACAGCGUUCAAGCUUGACCAACUUAGCGGUGUUCUCGCAAGAAUUGAUUGAGACACUGGAUCAGUCUGAACAACUAGAUGUUAUAUAUACUGAUUUCAGCAAAGCCUUUGAUCGAGUUGACCACGGGCGGCUAAUUAUGAAGUUGAAAUUUAGAUUUGGAUUUUCGGAUGGCCUGAUAAAGCUCAUGAGCUCAUAUUUAUCCAACAGGCUUCAAUAUGUCAGGGUUGAGAAUUCGAAUUCGUUUCUAUUUCCCGCAUCGUCCGGGGUUCCUCAGGGAUCGAAUUUGGGACCGCUUUUAUUUAUUUUGUUCAUAAAUGAUUUGCUCGAUGGAAUGGAGGUUUUGGGUUUGCUUUUUGCUGAUGAUCUUAAAUUCUUUCUGAAAGUCAAAUCUUUGCUGGACUGUGUUGAACUGCAGCAUGCGAUUGACCGAUUAUAUCAUUGGUGUGUUCUUAACUGCUUGAGCUUGAAUGUUGAAAAGUGUCAUGUAAUAUCUUAUACUAGAAAAAAGUUUUCAAUUCGGUAUCCUUAUAACUUGAACGGAAAUGAUUUGAAUCGUGUGACGCAGACUCGGGAUUUAGGUGUUCUAUUCGACGAUAAAUGUUCUUUUGUGCCCCACAUUGAAAAUACGAUAUCCUCUGCAUUCAGGACAUAUGGGUUUAUAGUGCGUAAUAGCAAAUACUUCUUGAACACUCGUACAUUAAUAUCCCUAUUCAAUUCCUUGAUAAGGAGUAAGCUUGAAUACGCUAGCAUAAUAUGGCGCCCUAUUUAUGAAUGCCAUGUGAAUCGGUUAGAGGCGGUUCAGCGGCGUUUUUACAAAUUUUUAGUUUGGAGGUUGGACUCUGUUUACCCUCCAGUAGGUUGCGACCACAAGAGUCUUCUAAAAAGAUUCAGUGCUCAGCCGCUAGAAACUAGAAGAGCUCUUUUAGCUCUCAAUACUCUAUUCAAAUUGUUGAAUAACAGGAUUGACUGCCCAGCACUGUUAGAGAAACUUCCAAUUUUAACUCCACGUUUAGAGAGUAGAGGUAGAACACUUUUUUAUUUGAGAUCGGGAAGGACAAAUUUGAGCUUGCAGUCGCCAAGUCAUUAUAUGUGUGAUAUAUAUAAUCAGAUAGCAGAUAAAGUUGAUUUAUUUGUUGAUUCCUUGGAUAAAAUCCAGAAGGCGUAUAUUGUUGUGGUCGAGUGA